AACUACAUAGAGAACCCAAUUGCAUGUUCAUAUAGCUUAGUUGCAGAUGUCCCUUCAUCACCUGCUACCCAGGGAGGAUUCAAGGGGCUCGGGAACCAGAGAGGGUUAUGCAACAAACACUGAGCCAGAUAGAUGCAGAUCGUUGGGAAUUUGCAAAUGAUGGAUUUAUCAGAGGUCAAAAGGAUUUAUUGAAGAAUAUCUCUAGAAGGAAACAUCCUCAGGGCUCUGACCAGCAUAAAGCAUCGCAGCCUCAGGAUAACUCUGUUGAACCACUCAAACUUAGGCAGAACCAGGAGACUGCUGAUGAUAAGUUGCUUCGCCUGAAGGAUCGUCUUCAAGGAAUGGAAAAGAAUCAGCAACAGAUGCUCUCAUUCUUAAUCAUGGCAAUGCAAAGCCCAGGCUUUUUGGUUCAACUGCUUAAGCCCAAGGAAAAUAACCGGCAUAUGACUGAAGCAGGCAAUAUGCUAGGUAGCACUGCAGAGGAUGGUGAACCAGUAGCUUCUGAUGGUAUGAUAGUAAGAUACCAGCCACCUGUGGAGGAAGCACCAAAGCCAGUACUCAAACCAGUGACAGACUCGGAGAUUCCUCCUGAAUUUGAUGCAUCUUCUGGAGGGAUGAAAGAUUUUUGGAUGAAUAUUGAUUUUGUGAAAGUUCUUGUGGAUGAUAGUCACAUACCUUUUGCUCCACCAGAUUUACAUGACGAUGGUGCUUGGGAAAAGCUUCUUCUAGCUAACCCUUUUCUAGAGAAUGGGGAAGACGAAAAGAAAGAUAAAGAAUGCCCCACAGACUCGGGUAUGGAAGUUGAAAUAACAGAGUCCGGAACGCAUUUGGACAAAUCUCAUAAUUUUGAACUUCUACUGCAAAAUAUGGGGAAUUCUCAUAACUUAGAGAUUGAACCGAUAGUAAAUGGAUCACAGUUGGAGACAUCCGAGAACUUGGAACUUCUAACAGAGCAAUUGGGCCAUUUGACUUCUGAAAGUGACCAUAGGGAUGAAGUCCCUAGCAAGUAGUGUAAAUUAUAUGGUAGUCUCUGAAACUUAUUUUAACAUGUUUUGAUUAUAUAUAUGUAUAAGAAACUAAGAAAGUGAUAUAUCUCCAUUUCAUACAUUCAUAUUUCUCAAUCUAUAGAGACGAAAAGGUUGGGAUUUCAAAUAUUUUAAGAGUCCAGACUUCAUAUGUAUUUUUUUGAAAAUAUAUUAUUUUAUUUUUU